UUUCUCCAGCGACCACUUCGCAUCGACGGACAGACUAUUUCUCCGGCGAAUUCUCUCCUACAGACUCCCUCCGGCAACGUGAAAAAAUGUACAGUUGCGUUAAAAAGUGCACCAAUCCAUUAGUCUACUGGUAAUUAAUAUACCAGUGCUAGUGGUGCGCUACCAGUACAACGCUACCACUACCAUAUUGUAUCGUACCACUAGCACUGGUAGCGCUACCACUAGCAUUGGUAGCGGUACUAGUAGAGAAUAACACAAAAAAACAGAUGAUAGUGGUACCAGAUGAUAGUGGUACGCUACUACUAUUAGCUACCUUAUGGUAGUGGUAGGUACCGCUAUCACUGGUACGCUACUAGAAGAAAAAUGGUACCACUAAAAAACCAGAUCUAGAAAAGGGGAGUCGGUGAUGGGAGAGAGGUAGGGGAAGAUGGUGACCUCGCGACGGCGGCAGUGGUGGGGGACGAAAGGGCGGCGAGAGGGCUCCGACGGGGAGAUGAUGAUUGUGUCGCGGUGGUGGGAGGCGGACGUUGCGACGGGCCGGCGGGAGAGAUUUGCAACAACAGGGUGUGGAGGGAGGCUGAGGAUGGCGGAGACGACGGCGGUUGAAGGCUCGACAGGCGGCUGCAGGAGACAGGGGCGCCGACGCCAGCGGUGGAGGGCUGUGACGGCAGAGGGCUCUGCGAGAGAGAGGGAGGAGAGACGGUGAUGGCUACGGGAGAGAGGGAGGAGAGAGAGAGGGAGGAUGGAGGAGUUAGGGUUUUUUUUUUCUUUUUAUAUGGUAGGGUGAAUGAUUGGGUGUGGUAAAUUUUUACCCUUUCAAAAAUAACCUUCCUUUAAUCUU